UCUUGCUUCAUAGCAUACAGUACUUUGUAGAAUGGAUCAUGUGCUCUCCAAACGUGGUCUUCCUGUAUGUUCUUCGUGAUCGAUCGGGGCUCGAUGCUCGACCCGACUAAAGACUAUAACAAUGUUGUUUUUGUUAGUGACAACAUGGGUAAAUGUGUUGGAAUGAAACAAUAAGAUGUUAUUUAAUUUGUGAUGAUUGACUAUCGUAUAACAAAACAGGCCGCCAUCAUUCCUUCAACGAUGGCAUCCAUUAUAUGGGAAACUGUAUGGUCAGUUGUUACCUUUGUAAUUCACCUAAUAUCCAUAUUAAUCAAUGGACUGAGACCUAGAGCUAAGAUUGUACCAGUCACUGAUGAGAUCCUUCUGCAAAGUGCUACAAGAAUUGCAAAGCGCAUACGUUCCCGUGAUAUAAAAUGCAUCACUGUUAUUGAAGCUUACAUCUCUAGGAUUCAAACCAUAAAUCCUGAUCUCAAUGCCAUCGUCGCUGAUCGGUUUGAGGGCGCUCUAGAAGAAGCUAGAAAAAUUGAUGAAAUACUAGAUGCACCAGAACUGGAUGAAAUGUACUCUGAAAAGAAUGCCCCAUUUCUUGGAGUGCCUUUAAGUGUGAAAGAAGCAUUUGCCUGCAUUGGUUUGCCAAACAGCAGUGGUUUGAUGUCCCGUAAAGGCAUGAUCUCUGAGAGUAAUGCUGUAGUGGUUGCCAAUCUGAAGAGGGCAGGCUGCAUCGUACUUGGCUCAACCAAUACCUCAGAACUUUGCAUGUGGUACGAAUCGGCCAAUCAUAUUUAUGGGCGCUCAAAUAACCCGUAUGACCUGAGGAGGAUCGUUGGGGGCAGCUCAGGUAAUACAAUAUUUUGAAAGUGAGUAUGGCAUUGAAGUCAAUAGGAUCAAGCCACAUCGGUUUAAAUACUCAACCGCAAUAUGGUCCGCAAAGAUGUCAUCUUCCGACACAGAAACCUUUAACGCGCUACUGAACAGCAGCGGAGGAGCAAAAGUCAAACCAAUCCUUGAAUUAAUCAAAUCCAUAUUCAGGAUGUCUAACCACACCAUACCUGCUAUAAUCCUAGCAAUAUUUGAGAACGUCCAUAAAAUGCCGGAAAGUACCACUGGAAGACUUCUACGGUCUUGCGAGAAACUCAGGGAUGAGAUCUGCAACAUCCUGGGCGAUGAUGGUGUGUUAUUUUACCCUUCCCACCCUAAGCUAGCCCAGUAUCAUAAUGCCCCACUGUUUACACCUAUGAACUUCACCCACACAGCUAUCUUCAAUGCUCUAGGCCUGCCUGUCACACAAGUUCCGUUAGGCCUGAGUAAAGAGGGAGUUCCACUAGGUAUUCAGGUCGUAGCUAACAAGAAUCUAGAUCGUUUAACCUUAGCAGUUGCAAGGGAAUUAGAGAGAGAGUUUGGUGGUUGGCGAAAUCCUCACUCCAAAGAUUAAUGGUAAUAAUAAU